CCGCCACAUCUCACCAGUCACUUGAACAGCCACUUCCAAACUUUACCAUCAGUGCAUCAGUAUCAACGCCGUCAAGCCGUCUGUGUAGGUGUCAUCGCUGCAGCAGCUUCUAGUAGCCUUACCUCGAUCGUUCCUAUGGAGCUUCCGCCAUGGGCGUCCUUCCUCGGCGUGGUGCUCGCCACCGUGAUGCUUCUGAAGGCCAUCAUCGGCCGCCGCCGCAGCCGCCGCGUGUACAACCUCCCGCCCGGCCCCAAGCCGUGGCCGAUCAUCGGCAACCUCAACCUGGUUGGCGCGCUCCCUCACCGCUCCAUCCACGAGCUGUCCAGGAAGUACGGCCCGCUGAUGCAGCUCCGGUUCGGGUCGUUCCCCGUGGUGGUCGGCUCGUCGGUGGACAUGGCCAAGUUCUUCCUCAAGACCCACGACGUGGUGUUCACGGACCGCCCAAAGACCGCCGCCGGCAAGUACACCACCUACAACUACCGCGACAUCACCUGGUCCCCCUACGGCGCCUACUGGCGUCAGGCGCGCAAGAUGUGCCUCACCGAGCUCUUCAGCGUCAAGCGGCUCGAGUCGUACGAGUACAUCCGCGCCGCCGAGGUGCGCGCGCUGCUGCGCGACCUGAACUCCGCCUCCGGCUCCGGCCGCGCCGUCAUGCUCAAGGACUACCUGUCCACGGUGAGCCUGAACGUGAUCACGCGCAUGGUGCUCGGCAAGAAGUACCUGGACAGGGAGGAGGCGGCCGCCGGGUCGGUGACCACCCCAGAGGAGUUCAAGUGGAUGCUGGACGAGCUGUUCCUGCUCAACGGCGUGCUCAACAUCGGCGACUCCAUCCCGUGGCUCGACUGGAUGGACCUGCAGGGGUACAUCAAGCGGAUGAAGAAGCUCGGCAAGAUGUUCGAUCGGUUCCUGGAGCACGUCGUGGAGGAGCACAACCAGCGGCGGCUGCGCGAGGGCAAGGGCUUCGUCGCCAAGGACAUGGUCGACGUGCUGCUGCAGAUCGCCGACGACCCUACGCUUGAGGUUGAGCUCGACAGGGAAAGUGUCAAGGCUUUUACCCAGGACCUCAUCGCCGGUGGCACGGAGAGCUCGGCGGUCACGGUGGAGUGGGCCAUCUCGGAGCUCCUCAAGAAGCCCGAGGUGAUCGCCAAGGCCACGGAGGAGCUGGACCGCGUCAUCGGCCGCGGCCGCUGGGUGACAGAGAAGGACAUGCCCAGCCUCCCCUACGUCGACGCCGUCGUCAAGGAGACCAUGCGUCUGCACCCGGUGGCGCCGCUGCUGGUGCCCCGCCUUGCGCGCGAGGACACGACCGUGGCCGGCUACGACAUCCCCGCGGGCACGCGCGUGCUCGUCAGCGUGUGGUCCAUCGGCCGCGACCCCGCGCUGUGGGACGCGCCGGAGGAAUUCAUGCCGGAGCGGUUCCUCGGCAGCAAGCUCGACGUGAAGGGGCAGGACUACGAGCUGCUGCCGUUCGGGUCCGGCCGGCGGAUGUGCCCCGGGUACAGCCUCGGCCUCAAGGUCAUCCAGGUGAGCCUCGCUAACCUGCUGCACGGCUUCGCGUGGAGCCUCCCCGACGGCGUGACCAAGGAGGAGCUCAGCAUGGAGGAGAUCUUCGGCCUGUCCACGCCGCGCAAGUUCCCGCUCGAGGCUGUCGUCGAGCCCAAGCUCCCGGCACACCUCUACUCGGAGGCUUGAUGCGUGCGCGUGCGUCUCUUCACUCUUCAGUAUAUAUAGCUAGGGCGUCGAUCUUGUGGUGCUGGCUUGCUGCUCUGUGUGUACGCUUGUUGCUCGUGUGUUUUAUUGCUGCUGGUGGUGUCGCUUUGUCGGUUUUUACUCAUGGAUCGCAGCCAAACGAGUGUAAAUCGUAAUAAAAGAUAAUACGUUGUGUAUGGAGUACAUUUUUUUUUCUUAAGCUAGCAAAAUAUAUCAGUGUGUUGUAACGAGACGUACAAUUUAUUACUCGAUGAUUGUACAAUUUUUGUAAAUUUAAA